UGUUCCUCUCUCAAACAGCUGGGCCGUACUCCGGCCUGGGAGAGAUCGUCCACAGAGAGAGUGUCCCCAUGCACACCUUCGCCCGCUAUCUCUUCACCUCGCUCCUACCUCAUGGCGCUGAACUGGCGUACAAAAUUGCACUGAGAGUCAUGCGGUUACCUGUGUUGGAGUCUACAGCCUCAUCUGGUGACCUGUCACGACCCCACCACAUUGUUUCUGUGGUGCCCAAUCGAUACCCACGCUGGUUCACGCUGAGUCAUAUAGAGUCUCAGCAGUGUGAGCUGGCCUCCACCAUGCUCACCGCCGCCAAAGGUGACAGUCGCAGGCUGGAGACGGUCCUGGAAUCCAUCCAGAAAAACAUUCACUCCUCAUCUUACAUCUUCAAAUUGGCACAGGACGCCUUCAAGAUUGCCACUCUGAUGGACAGCCUUCCUGACAUCACACUUCUCAAAGUCUCUCUGGAACUGGGUCUGCAGGUUAUGAGGAUAACUCUGUCUACAUUAAACUGGAGAAGGAGAGAGAUGGUGCGCUGGUUAGUCACAUGUGCCACUGAAGUGGGUGUGUACGCACUGGACAGCAUCAUGCAGGGUUGGUUCACCCUCUUUACCCCUACAGAAGCCACCGGUAUUGUGGCCACCACUGUCAUGUCCAACAGCACUAUUGUCCGCCUCCACCUUGACUGCCAUCAGCAGGAGAACCUGGCUUCAUCUGCCCGCACCCUCGCCCUCCAGUGUGCCAUGAAGGACCCUCAGAACUGUGCUCUCUCCGCCCUCACACUUUGUGAAAAGGACCACAUUGCCUUCGAAACAGCUUACCAGAUUGUACUGGAUGCAGCAGCCACAGGGAUGAGCUACACUCAGCUGUUCACAAUAGCCCGCUACAUGGAACAUCGCAGCUAUCCAAUGAGGGCCUACAAGCUGGCAACUUUAGCCAUGGUUCAUCUGAACCUUAGUUACAACCAGGACACACACCCAGCCAUCAACGAUGUGUUGUGGGCCUGUGCUCUCAGUCACUCUUUGGGGAAAAACGAGUUGGCUGCCGUCAUCCCCCUAGUGGUCAAGAGUGUGAAGUGCGCCACCGUGCUCUCUGACAUUUUGCGGCGGUGCACACUGACAACACCGGGCAUGGUGUCGGCACUGCACAGCCGCAGGAACUCUGGGAAACUGAUGUCCCUGGACAAGGCGCCACUCCGGCAACUGCUGGACGCAACCAUCGGAGCCUACAUCAACACCACGCACUCUCGUCUGACACACAUCAGCCCGCGCCACUACAGUGAAUUCAUUGAGUUCCUGGGAAAAGCCCGGGAGACUUUCCGGAUGGCUCGUGUCGGGCACAUUCAAUUCACGCAAUUCAUAGACAACCUGAAACAGAUCUACAAGGGCAAAAAGAAACUUAUGAUGCUGGUGAGGGAGCGGUUUGGCUAAGGGUGAGGCUGGGGGGGUUGACAAAAGCCCCCCCCCCCGACUCUAGUGCUUUUCUAUUAACUUGAGUCUGCCUUUUGAACUUCUUUUGGACAGGUAAAAAAGAGGGAUGUGACUUGUAGGAUCAAGCAGAAAGAGAAAGAAAGAAAGGGAAAAAAAUCAACAGAGCCACAUGCGGUAUUAUUUUUCAUGCUGUUGUUAUUGUUAUAAACAUUAUUACUAUUAUUAUUAUUAAUCAUAUUAUUAUUACUACUACUAAGUGUUUUUUAUUUUUCAGAAGAGAGGAAAUUUGUCACGUUGUGAAUGUUGUGUGUAUUUCUCUACAUGUGUGCGAGAGGAAAAUGAAAAAUUAAAUGGCUUUUUUACAUUUUUUUUAUUUGAAACAUCUUUUUGCCCUUUUCAGUGUAUAUGUUGUCACGUGGCUGAAGCCCUUUUUAUAAUAGCGCUCAUGUAAAAAGAAAUAGAGAAAACAGGAAAAAAAGAAACAUCUCGGCAUCCUCAAAGAGAAAUGAAGGCUUUAAAACAACACAGAACACCUCCCUCUGUCGAGGCCCUCACCAGGGAGCACUGGACAGCACUGCAAAGCUCAGCUUGACUUGGCUCAGCUUAGCUUAGCUCAGCUCAGCAUGGCACAGCUUGGUUAAGCACUGACAGAAAAACAUCAUUAGCAUAUACCAGACGCAGCAGCAGAAUUGGCACUUCAGCAGUUGUUACUCUUGUUUGGGUCCCAGACAUUAGCUUCAGUACUCGCAGCACUGCUCUGAGCUUGUGCUGUAGCUGUGGUGUUAUCGACUCUCACUCUCAUGUGUAUUGGUUCAACUCAUUGACACAUAUAUAAGAAAUGGAAACAGCAGUUAUUUUUUAAAGAACAGUUUAAUGGCGAAAUAUAGUGCUGCUCUGGAUUCAGUUGUAACUCCAUGUGACUAGGAGUUUACUGGAAAAUACUUCAAUCUGAAUUUACAAUAACUUUUAUCUAUAAUAUAUAUUAUUACUAUUUAUCAACACAUUGAAUAGUUUCAGUUCUUAUUUAACCAAAAAGAUGUAAAUUGUUUAAAUUUAAAGAUCCUAUUUAAGUUAAAUCAGAUGGUAAAUCACAACAAGAGACAAUACGGAAACCAGUGUAAAUAUGGCUGCAUCCAUUUCUUAUGUAUGAUCUGUGGGGAUUAGAAUGCAGCUACACUGGCAGCACAUUAAACAAAGAUAUUGAGUAUUAUUACUGCUUUUCGCUCUGCUGCACGUCACUGCCCCCAGCAUCGGUACUUAAACCCCACCCAAGAUUCAAAAGACGGAACAAAAAAAGCAUUGGCCGAGGCUCUGACGAGACAUUUGUGUGUGCGGCUGCCUCAUCUGAUCUCUUCAGCCACCAUUGUACAAGUUUUCAAAUGAGGCCAGUGUCAUUUCCCUCUGUGCAUGUGAAUCAUCAGAAAAUGAGACUUUCUGCUGUGCUAGUUCAUUGCGUGGAACCUUCAGUAAUUGUCAACCAGAACGUUCUCAGGGAUUUCUCUACACAGGAAAAAAAGGCGAAUGAAUCACUGACUCCAGGAAUUAAAGACAAAAAGAGAUGACACAACAUGAGUGAGCAUUUAUUGUACUCUGUAUAUAUGCCAUAAUAUAUGUCUGAAUAUGGAGGAUCUGAAAGUAUAUGUUAACUAAUUUAUACAGAGUAUUCUAUGUAAUGUGAAACACUUGAAGCCGCUGUAGUUUACUCUCUCUUCUUCUUCUCCUCUUUCUCUUUUUUGUCUUCUUUCUUUUUUAUUAUUUCUUCUCUUGAAAACCCAAACAUCAGAAGGACUAGACUGACCUUGUUGAUGGCUUUCUGGACUCCCAGGCCACGAGUGUUCAUACCUGAGACACUGGAUCUCAUCAGAAAUGCAGAUUGAGUCAAAUUGGUAAUUUCACAGAGGAAAAUUGUUUUUUGUUCCUGCUGACUAAACCAGGGCCGUGAAGGGAGAUAGGCUACUUCAGGCCACCGGUCGAUAAAUGUUUGAAAACAGCAGGAUUUCUUGAAGUACUACAUAUGCAUGCAAGAAAGAAAACUUUUAUCUCUAGCCUUGGCAGAAGUUAGCCUCACUGUAAUAUCACGCAGUAACAGUGCAACUCCUUUAGACUUCUAGUGAUAAUGAAGCACGGUUUCAACCACUUCAAGAUAAAAAAACAAACACGUGUUUCCUCAGUUCAUUUAUUUGGUGAAGAAUUGCCAGUGUCUCCUUUGCAACGGUCCGCUGUCCUGUCAUUAAUUGCCUUUGUACCUUCCUCUUUAUAUUUUUCCUUUUCCUUUACUGUGCAUAUUAUUUUCUUUAUUCUGUGUCUGAUUAAAAGCAGCCUUUUUCUCUUGCCUUGUCGUAACGCUUUAAAAUAACCAAACAGGAGAUCUGCCUAACAACCAAACGCGUUCUCAGAGGUGAGAGACGACCCACCUUGGUACCAGCUUUAGUGUCCUUAAUUAGUAAGUGAAUGGCUGUGUAACACAUGCUUUAACAAAGCAAUUCCUCAUGUGUGUUUGGUGGAAAAGAAAUAUCAGUGUCCAGUGUCUAUUGUUCUCUUCAGAAACAAUUUUCUCUGAGUCUUUCUAGCUGUUUUAGUUUCCUUCCUUCCUUUUUGUUUUUGUCUGUAUAGGAAUCUUCUGCUCCCAUUUUAUUUAUUACAACGACCCGUGUAUACAGUACAUGCUUAUGAAAUUAAGAUUUGAUACACCGAUAUCAAUUUAUUUAUGUAACUAAAAUCACUGUUUUAUAAUCUUGUUAACGAGUCAAUAAUUGUUUUUGUUUGUUUUU